AUGGACGAUGAGAAUGAGUGGAUAACAUUGGCAUCGACAGAGGAUUUGAAAGAGGCCAACUCAAUCUCUCCAUCAUUACUCAAGAUACUUGUUGUCAAAUGCGAUGAACCUGGAAGUAAGACACCUUCUUCAAUGGGCCAGGUUGAUGUGGAUACUCAACAACAACAACAUCCAAGUCAGACAUCACAACAUCAUCAACUUCCACAACAACAACAGAACAACAAGUAUAUAAAGAACAAUCAAAAGAAUAAUGACUUUAUAGAGGAUAUUGCAAUGAAUAUACUCUCCAAUGAUAGGCUCAUGGAGACAAUCAAUUCAAUACUUUCACAGUCACUUGCCGACAACCUACCAUCAAUUAUCAACUCAACAAUACCAUAUACCAUACCAAUAUUAGUAUCAACCAUUUCCAAUCUUAAGAAGAAUGAGAGUGAACCAAGCUCACAUUCUUCAGGUUUGUCGAACAAGGAGAAGCGAUUCUCUUGUUCUGCCGAGGAGAAAUACCUUGAACCUUCGGCCAAGACCAGCACAGCGACACCAUCAUCUUUCAUUACAAGCCCGAAUGCAACUUCAUCUACAAACAGUCACACAUCAAUACUCUCACAAUCACUCCCUGUCUAUACAAUCAACAACAACCCAAUCGUACUAUCACCACCAAUGCAAUCCAAUGAUAGCUCGCCACUAAAGGAUUCGACCCAGGAGCUAGCACCACCUCCCCAACCAGUGGAUGCGCCCCUCGUCCAGGUGACCACCUCUUUGCCCUCCAGAAAGUCGUCAUCUCCCAUCCCAUUCUUCUUUAGUCGAACGGCUACAGAGAGAUCCAGCUCAAUCAGAAUCCAAUGCGCUAAACCUUGCCAAUACUGA